UGCUUACUUUUGAGUCAGAAGAAUCGAGACUAAAUACUAACAAGUUGUAAAUCGAACAUAACUUGUUUUUAUCGAGAUAGAAAUGAACGCCUCAUCAUUGCUAAGUGUUAUUUUUUUUCUUUCGGUUAACACUCUUGUUUAUAAUGUUGAUCCUGACGGCGAGUUGAAGCUUGUGUUGGCGCUUUUCAGACAUGGAGAUCGAGCCCCUAUUCAGAUAUAUCCCAAAGACGAAAAUGGUGAAGACAAAUGGCCUCUUGGCUUGGGACAACUUACAGAGAAAGGUCAUCACGAUGCAUACAACUUAGGAAAGUACUUUUGGAAGAGAUAUGGAGAACAACUUAAAUUGAAACAAGUUUAUAAGGCAAAUUCACCCGAGUUUCAUAUUAGGAGUACUUCUAUAGAUAGAGCUAAGCUGUCUGCGGCUUAUUUCCUAGCAGGGUUUUAUAAUUUGGUUAUGGAUAAAGCCGAGGAAUUCAUUACAUCUGUUCACAUUCCUUUUACACCAGAAUCACAAGAUCAGUUAUUAUCAAUGACAGGUUGUCCUAAAGAAGAGGAACUACGAAGAAAUUACCUGACUAAUUCAAGCAAGUUCAAAAAGUAUAAUGAUGGCAUUAAGAUGCUAUAUCCAACGAUAUCACACAUGGCUGGUAAUCGGGAUGAUCCUGUUGAUAUGAUUAAAUUUGGCCAUAUUGUUGAUGCUGUUUACUGUGAGUUGAAGCAUAAUAUGUCCCAGCCUGAUGUUAUAAAACAAAAUCUAAAAACACUGAUGGAAUGGUUUAAUUCAAGUCGACGGUAUUAUGGUGCACCAACUCCAGAAAUUAUCAGGAUUAAAACAGGUCCACUAGUGUCAAAGAUGGUUAAAUCUAUAGAGAAUAAAGUUACUCAUCCUGAUUCUCUAGAUAAAAUCUUCCUGUAUUCAGCUCAUGAUACAAAUGUGAUUAGUUUAUUAAGUGGGUUAGGAUGUUUUAAUGAUAUACAGCCACCAUAUAGUUCAGCUGUAAUAUUGGAACUACGUAAAGUAGAUGACAUGUAUUAUGUACAUGUUUUAUAUCAUAAUGAUUCCAAUAUUGAUCCACAUCCAUGCUCAAUACCAGGAUGUGAUGACAAGAAAUGUGCUUUAUCUGAUUUUAAAAGAGAAAUGAAGAAAGUAAUGAUGUCAACAACAGAAAGAGAAAAAACAUGUGUACCAACAUUUAAAUCUAAGGCAUUAUCUCUUUCUGACAAUGUGAUACCAAUAACUAUAGCUGUAGUAUUAUUAGUUUGCCUGAUACUGUCUAUAAUAAUGUACAGAAUGUAUAAACGUCCACGGAGACCUAGAGGUGAUCCAAUGAUGUACAGACCAUUAGCGUACGGAGAUGAUGAUGAUGAUGAAGAUGUAUAAAUCUGUGACAAACGAAAUCUCAAGACAAGAUUGACUUUGUUCUAGUAGAUGGCAAUCUGAUUAAAGGGACAAUAACACUCUUGCUGGCUUGACAGCUCCAGAAAAUAAAUAAUAGCCUUAUUCUAAGUAUUAGAUGUUUAAGUAUCCUACCUGUUGUGUAAAUUAUCCAUUAAAUCCUAUUUUACUUGUCCAAAGGGUUCUAAAAUAUUUUUAAAUCCAAGUCACAUUUGAAAAGCUUUACGUUAGG